GAAUACAGUACAAACUUGUCCCCAAUUUGGAUUUCAAGACACAGCGCUCUAUUUGUCUUCAAAGUGUUUACAUGGAGCAUGCACCGGAGGAUUUAAUCACUCAAGGAAGGAGAGAUUUAGUGUGUGGUGAUAUUAACAAGGCAGUAGAUAAUUUUCAAAAAGCUUGUGAAGCUCUGUCGAUGAUACAUGGUGAUUUUCAUGAAGCUCUUGCUAUCCCUAACUUACUGUAUGGCACUGCUCUUCUCGAACUAUCACGAAUAGAAAGUUCAGUUAUCGGAAAUGCAUUGGAUGGGAUACCAGAUCCAGACAAAAAUGAUUCAGAAUCGGAUGAUGGGAUCAUUGAACAUGGGCCUGAAUUGACAACUGAAGAGAAAGAAGAUAUUUCCAAUCAAAUCAUAGAUGCUAUGUGUGAAGACAAAAAGCAGGAAGAAAAUGAGACCAAAGAAGCCGAUACACCUAGCGAAGACACUGAAGCUGUAAGCGGAAAUGAUACUGCUACUGAUAAUCCGACGGAUGACGCUUCUGAAGGAGCUGAGGAUGGCGAAUCAAACGAAUCUGAGGAGGGAGAGUCUGAGAAUCAAAAUGAGGUCCAGAAUAAUCCAACAGAAUCGGAAGCUGCUAAAUCUGAUGAUGAAGAUGAAGUGUCGAAUCUUCAAAUCGCUUGGGAGGUUAUUGAAGUAGCCAAAAAACUGUUUUCACAAAAAGAUGACGAAGAGAGUAAACUGAAUGUUGCUGAGUGCCUAGAAAAGCUUGGUGAGAUUAGUCGCGAGAAAGAAGAUUAUGACCAAGCAGUAUUAGACUUAAAGGAAUGUUUGGAAAUCCGUACUUCCAUUUUGGGUCAAAAAGAUCGUCGUGUAGCUGAAAGCCAUUACCAACUGGGAACGACGUAUGCCGUUUCUGGAGAUUUAGCAAACGCAAGCAGCUCUUUCAAAGCCUCAGUUGAGUGUCUCAAGUUGUUGGCUGAAGAUAUCAGGUCAAAAAUCGAAGCUGUUGACCAGAAAGAUGGAGAAGAAAAAGAGCUUCUCCAAGUUACACUUAAAGAGAUAGAGCUUUUAAUACCAGACGUUCAGAGUCGGUGUGCAGAUAUUGAGGAAGACCGAUUAGCUGAAAGCAUUAAACAAACCGAGUCUCCAAUGGAACCAUGCUCUAAUGGUACUAGUGUCCCAACUGAUGACAUAUCACACUUGAUAAGGAAAAAACGUCCGGUUACUGAAACGACACCUGUGGAAUCUGUAGAAAGUAUAAGUCUUGAAUUAAAUGGUCAUGAAAACUCAACUUCCAAGAAAGUGAAGCUUAUAAAUGCGAAUGGUGAAUCCCUGCCUAAAGAAAAUGGUGUUUAGUUAAUUGAUAUAUGCCUAUAGAUUAAAAACCAAUUCCAAAGAAUUGCAUUUCAUUUUUACAGAUUUUGUCAGAAAUUUUUGUCUAUCGUUUUUAAAUAAUUUAUCUGCAGAUUACUUAUUCCAAAAACAAAGUUCAUGUAUUCCCUUUGAUGUAUUGUCUUUCUAACAAGCUAAACGAGGUGGUUGAAAAUUUUUUAAAGUUAUAGGUAUAAACCGAGCAGACGAAUUUAUAACCGAUUGUCACGUUUCGUCGUCCCCCUUUUUCCAUACAAACUACCUUCCUCAACAAAUUAAUAUCUUAAGAACUGUUGCUUUCUGUUAAUGGUGUAAAGUGUAGGAAGGAAUCCUAAAGUCCGAAGGACAUGUUAGGACUUUAUGAGAAUCUGAUCCAACUUCAAAGUUUGGCAGAUCACAACAAACUAACUCUGGAGAUUGUAAGAUGUCUGUUGGGUUCGCAUUCCAAAUCAAAUCCAAAUUGGACAGUCUCAGUACUGAAGUUUUAGGUGCCUAAGUCUAUACGAUCAAAUGCUGUGGCCAAAUUAGCUCGAGCCAGCUGUAUAUUAGCGAUUUCGUAAGCCACUUUGGUUGUGGUUCUCACCACUGGUUGUUCAACUCGGUCUCGUUUGAAGUAAGGCGAUAUUUCGCACCUCAAUCGAAGACAAUAAAGUAUUUGGAGUCAAUUCAAAAAUGAGCCUCAAGGUUAUUUCGUCAACUAGGGUUCAAAUCUUACGAGCGACCACGGGGUCACCAUACAUUCCUUGUAGUCUACGGCACUAUAAGGACAUCUGGGUAUCUAAACUACUUGGGUUAAGUUUUGGUGAAAGCCAUGGGAGCGAUACCCGUAAGUUUGGAGUGACAGUUUGCAACCGGAGUUUUUUCUGAUUGCACAUACGAGCUGUUACUCGUGUUUCCGCAGGUACGUGUUGCCAAAUGUAAAUCUAAUCUGGCUGAGUAUUCUAGUCAUUAGAAGGGG